UGCGUGAAGUUUUUCGGUGACUUAAGAUAAGGUGGGGAUGUCGGCCGGACUAACAUGCCGGUGUGGGUGGUGCAAUACGCAAGUGUUUGCCGGACAUAGUAAUCCGCCCCCAUCAUGAUGCUGCAGGCUGUACGCUGCUAUAUGCUUGGACAAUACAUCACGUGAGAGUGAUCAUACCCAGCGUCAUAUGUAUGAAAUCCAUUGCAUCAUGGCCAAGGAUGCAUAUUUAAAUCCCGGACAAGAUGCCUUUCAACCUCCUGACACAACAUGCAAGCCGCCGCCAACAUAGCACAGUCGCAAUUGGGGAAGUCGCCUACUGUCGUGCAGCCGGAAUACAAAUAUCGUGAAGACGGCUCAACUAUGAAAGCCCUCGCAUGGUUCGGUGCGACAGACGUUCGAGUCAUCGAUGCGCCUAUCCCCGACAUCACAGAACCGGAUGACGUUAUUGUUAAAGUAACAGGCACGACUAUUUGUGGAUCAGAUUUACAUCUAUACCACGGGGAAAUCAUGGCCCUUCAGGAGGGUGAUAUUUUGGGCCACGAGUUUAUGGGAGUUGUCGAUCGGAUUGGCCUCAAUGUCAAAAACCUCACCAUAGGUCAACGCGUUGUUGCAUCCUUCCAAAUCGCAUGCGGAAAAUGUCGGUAUUGCAAGGAGGGACUCUCAUCCUUAUGCGACAAUACCAACAAUUCAACUCUGCAGAAUUACAUGUAUGGAACACGCGAUGCUGGCUUCUUUGGAUACUCCCACUUUACAGGUGGUUUCCCUGGUGGCCAAGCAGAAUAUGUCCGCGUGCCCUUGGGCGAAGUCAACCUUCUUCCUAUCCCAGAUAAUGUUUCAGACGAAGAGGCUCUGUACCUCUCUGACGUUCUCCCGACCAGUUACCAUUGUGUCGUUGAUACUGGCGUGCAGGAAGGUGACACGGUCGGAAUAUGGGGUCUUGGUCCGAUUGGACAAUGCUGCGCUCGUUGGGCAAAAUUGAAGGGAGCAUCUCGCAUCAUCGCUAUAGACCGAGUUCCAGAGCGUCUGGAGCGUGCGAAGGAACAGGGUUGCGAAGUGAUUGACUUUGGCAAGGUCAAGGACGUUAGUCAGAAGAUCCAUGAGAUGGUUCCUGGAGGACUUGACGUCGCGCUUGACUGUGGCACAUUCCACGAGCCGAAGACCUUACUUCACAGAGGGAUGAAGAUGCUUAUGCUUGAGACUGAUGUCCCCGAGAUCGCGAACGAGAUGAUCAUGUCUGUGAGGAAGAUGGGUCGAUGCGGGCUUAGCGCUGCAUAUACUGGUUUUACCAACGGCUUUAACAUCGGUGCGCUCAUGGAGAAAGGGGUGAGGUUUAUCGGCAACGGUCAAGCGCCAGUCCACAAGUACUGGAAAGAAAUUCUGUACGACUACAUCAUGACAGGCAAAUUUGACCCAAAAUUCAUGAUAUCUCAUCGCGUACGGUUGGAAGACAUGGCGAAGUUGUAUGCCGCUUUUGACAAACGUGUAGCAGGUGUUACGAAAGUGUUUGUGGAAACUCGGUUCUCCUCACCGCCUUCCGAUGGAGCUCCGAAGCUCAGUCAAGUCGAUGACUGGGUGCGUUGAGUAAAGCGUCGGCGUCUGGUAUCAUUAGUAAUUUUUUUCAUACGUCUCUAGUAGUAUUGUUCAGAUGUAUCAUGUUUUUACGCAUAUUAUGUUGAAGUCGUGGUGCUCGAGGAAAAAAUCGGCAUGCUAAAUUUGUGUUGUCGUUAC